GAUAGAUUGGAAAAGGGAGGGGACUCGAUUUGUACAUGGCUCUCGACGAGAAGAGGUGUUUGUGUGAUUUGGUGUGGUAUGAUGUGGUGUCGUAUCAGGUUGCGUACAUCUGAGUAGGGAAACCGCGUCGAUCUCUCACGCAGGGGUGUGAUUUCGUCACCAUCCUGUCACAGGGCCCCACUUUGCCCUCUCCUUCUGCAGAAUGUUUCGUCACGAGUUGCGAACGAGUUCAUAGAAAAAUAGUGGCAAUCUGAACAUCGGUGGGCCCGGGUAUAUAUAGCUUUUGAUCGAAAUGGUCGUUUUUUUAUAGCGAUGAUUGAUUCGGCUUAUUUGUAUGUUGUGGUUGUGAUUGAAAGUGGUAUUGACGCGAUGAUGCAAUAGACCCGGUGCAGGUGAUGCGGGAUUUGGCGAGGGUUGUGUCCUGGCUAUGAUUGUAUAGUUGUACAGGAUCCUGUAGGUGGAUGCUCCGGAUCGUUUCGUGAUUUCUCUCUGGCUAUGAAAGGGAACACAUGGUGGUUGUUGGAUGGAGAGUGCUAGUGGGGUUAAAUCGACGUGAAAUUGUGCAGAAGUUUGAGAGGGGUUGGUUGCUUAGCUGCGAGGUGAAGAUUUCUGGGUAGAGAUAGGAGGCGUUGGUUUAGUUGGAAGGUGUCUUUCGAGCUGGGGACUGAGGGAGAGAGAAUUGAUCGAUUUUUUUAUUUUGAUUUUUUAUUGCAAGCAUGGAUGUAGAUGGCGAAAUUAAGAGGCUUCCCGCAAUUGCGCUCCUCGGAUGUGGUGUGUUCGCGCGUGACGCUUACAUCCCAGUGCUCUCUUCUCUGAGCCCCAUUGCAUCUCUCCGAUACGUUUGGUCGCGGUCGGAAUUCAAAGCUCGCCAGAUGCAGGAAAAUGUGCUCCAUUUCGCGCCUGAUGUGGAAGCGGAGUGGGGCGAUGCUGGCCUGGAGAUCAUCCUCUCUUCUCAGUUGGUCCACUGCUGUGCCGUAGCUCUCCCUAUCCUCACCCAACCCGCGGUCGUCACGCGCGCCCUCCGAGCCGGCAAGCACGUCCUCCAGGAGAAGCCAGUGGCGGGUUCCGUUGAGAUCGGCCUCAAGAGCAUGAGCUUCUAUCAUUCUCUUCCCUCCCCGGCACCCAUUUGGACAGUCGCAGAGAAUUACCGCUUCGAGCCGGCAUUUCACGACGCCGCAGCCAUGGUGAAGUCCCUCGGUACUAUGGUGUCCGUCACGGUGACGAUCGACGUCCCCAUGACGAAGUCCAACAAGUACUUCGGAUGCGAGUGGCGCCGCGACCCUGCACUAAAAGGUGGUUUUAUCCUUGACUGUGGGGUGCAUUUCGUCGCUGGGUUGCGCGUUAUGACGGGAUGCGACAUCAAGCUUGUGACCGCCAUAGCUACGCACAGGGAUCCAUCGGUUCCAGCACCCGACACCCUAACCACGCUUAUAAAAUUUGAUAAUGGCUGUUCGGGGGCUAUGGUGAUCUCUUACGCGGCUUCCGUAAGUAAGGCGUGUUGGCGGGUGGUCUGUUCGAAGGGGACGGUAAUAGUGGAGCGGGGAGUUGGCGACGAUGGUCGGUUUGGCUACCAGCUGAAAAUGCAACCUCGUGUGGGCGAUUCCUCAUUGCAAUUUUAUCCGCUUUCGGGGUUAGAGUUGGAGUGGAAAUCUUUCAUUGCUGAUGUGCAGAAGGCCAUCGAUCACACGGGAUAUGGAUCUGUGAAUACGAGAGGUUCCCCGCGGGAAGCAUUGAAGGAUCUCGCUAUCGUGGAGGCGGCCCUGGCUUCGGGAUUGCACGCAGACGCGCCCAUGAGCAUUAAGCCACAGAUGGUCUAAAAUUAUGACUCUAGACUUGAGUGCGAUUCUUACUCAUCUCAGAUAAAAUACUUGUGCAGUAGCUCCUUUGGAUAUGUGGAUACAUUCUUUUUGUAUAUUUUUAUAUAGAGGCAUUGGGUUCAUUCAAGUUACUAUUAGUAGGGUUCAGUGGCUGGAUUCUGCAUUAGAAACACUGGGUGGAUUCGUGUUUUUCUUCUCUUACAAGUGGGUUGUCUUCUCCUCCACUUUCGAAAUAGAACCGGUGACUUGAAUUUUGAUUAAGAAGGCCACGAGGCUCCUCGACGCACCUUCAAUUGACCGAAUUCUGCUCCUUGUUGUGCUGGCCAGCAGUACCAUGUGCAUCCAGCCACAACACAGCUCUUCCAGCUGUGAACCUCAGUAAUGUAUGUGGAUAUGUCAGAGCUGUUGCUGGACAAGGGACAACUAGAUGACGAGAGUGAGUCCUGACGAACUCUUUUCCGGAAACUUUGACGCGAGCCCUAACGCAAACAUUGCAACUCUUGCUGGUAUCACCUGGGGGUGGAGGUUAUCCGGUUCGAAAGUUCUGAAUCUAUGCUUAUAAUGACGAAACAAGCGGCUUGCGUGAUGCAUUGGCUCCUGAGAGACAAUAAAAGACGGUAUCUGAUGUCGGGAAAGGGUAUAUGUCCCUCGUAUUAGAUCGGGAAAAUUACUGUGUGCAAGUCCACACAAGCCAAUGAAUGUGAUCGAGAGAAUCAGAGAUAAGUAUUAUCCAUCUAUGUUGUCUUGUGAUUGUGGGUGUGGAUCGAAGCUCCAGCAUGGUAUCUGUGAAGCCGAUUGUUUGGAUCUUUUCACUGCCUUCACUUAGCCUGAACAACCCUGCCUCUCAGUCACACGUGUUAGUCUUUAUGAAUACAGAUCAUGAAUAAAUUGACUGUAUCAGUGCGAGUCGAUUGCUGUGCAGUUUCACCAGA